CAUUGAUAAAAGCGGCCAGCUGAUGAUUGACAGGCGCCGCUGACAGCUCUCGGUGGGAGCCCCAGCAAAUCCGCGAGUGUCUUCCCGAGAGCGCAGCCUCUCAAGAGAUCUUGGGAACAAAAGUGCAUGACCGCCAUGACUGCCACACAAUCCUUGGGAGCUGUAAAAAGGCAAAGCAAGAAUCCUGCAAAUGGCCUUGUUUCAAGUGAGAAGGAACAAGUGGCGCAAUGGGGCAGAGCCUGGGAGGUGGAUUGGUUUUCCCUGGUAUCCAUUAUCUUUCUCCUCCUCUGUGCUCCCUUAAUUGUAUUCUACUUUGUCAUGUGCUGUGACCAGUACCAAUGUGCUCUGUCUCGUCCGCCCCUUGAUUUAUACUCUGGAAAGAUGAGUGUCAGUGACAUCUGGAGUCGAGCCCCAUCCUUCAGCUGGACAGCUGCUAAAAUCUACACCAUCUGGGUCUGUUUUCAAGUGUUUUUGUACAUGUUUGUGCCUGAUGUUUGUCACAAGUUCCUGCCUGGCUAUGUUGGUGGAGUGCAAGAUGGGGCAUGCACGCCUGCAGGUCUGAUCAAUAAAUAUGAGGUCAAUGGACUACAGGCGUGGAUUAUUACCCAUGUGCUCUGGUUUACCAAUGCCAACUAUCUUCAUUGGUUCUCUCCCACGAUCAUGUUUGAUCAUUGGAUUCCUCUAUUGUGGUGUGCCAACAUCCUGGGCUACGCUGUGGCAACGCUUGCAAUGAUAAAGGCAUACUUCUUUCCCAGUAAUGCAAAAGACUGCAAAUUCACUGGGAAUUUUUUCUACGACUACAUGAUGGGAAUUGAAUUUAACCCACGGAUAGGGACGUGGUUUGACUUCAAGCUAUUCUUUAAUGGUCGGCCUGGUAUUGUGGCAUGGACUCUUAUUAACCUUUCCUUUGCUGCCAAACAGCAAGAGCUCUACGGUCAAGUGACCAAUUCUAUGAUCUUGGUGAAUGUGCUGCAGGCAAUUUAUGUGCUGGAUUUCUUCUGGAAUGAAGCUUGGUAUCUGAAGACAAUCGAUAUUUGCCAUGACCAUUUUGGCUGGUACCUGGGUUGGGGUGACUGUGUCUGGCUGCCAUACCUUUACACUCUGCAGGGUCUAUACCUCGUCUACAAUCCUGUACAACUAUCAACUGCAAAUGCAAUCAGUGUCCUUUUCUUGGGGCUGGUUGGCUACUAUAUCUUCAGAAUGACAAACCACCAGAAAGACCUCUUCAGACGCACAGAUGGAAACUGCAAGAUUUGGGGCAAGAAGCCCGAGUACAUUGAAUGUUCUUACUUGUCCAGUGAUGGUAAAAGGCACCACAGUAAGCUGAUGAUCUGUGGGUUCUGGGGGCUUGCACGUCAUUUUAACUACACUGGAGAUCUUAUGGGUUCGCUUUCCUACUGCCUGGCCUGUGGAUUUGGACACCUCCUGCCUUAUUUCUAUAUCAUUUACAUGUCAAUCUUGCUGGUCCAUCGUUGUAUCAGAGAUGAACAUCGCUGCUCAAGCAAAUAUGGCAAAGACUGGAGCCGUUAUACUGACGCAGUGGCUUACCGCCUGAUACCUGGAGUAUUUUAGGAUAGCUUAUAUCGUCAAUGUACAGCUUUCAGAGGCUUGAUUUUCUUUAGUCAAUGAAAGUUUGGCAUCACAAAUUCUGAUAUACAAGUACAUGUUUUUACAGACUGUUCUAUUACAUUGCGGAGGAGGCCUUAUGGGUUCUGAAUAUAACAGAAACCUGGUCACAUUUACAAAAGUGAGACACCCAUUUUUAACAAAACGCCUGGGAUUUCUGUGUAACCUGGUCAAAUUUAGCAGACGGCCUAACCCAAGAGUUUUCCAAUGAUGCAUCAUAAAGGUGCUGCUUUAAUUUAAAUAUAAUUUCUCCAAAUCAAUUGAUCUAAGUGGUAAAUAUCAGCACAUUCAUGCUGAGAUUAAUAAAUCACAUGUAAUGGCAUUUAUUAAUCAGUGAGUGUCUGACUAUAAUGUUCUCACCUGUACCAAAUAUUCCUUCUUUCAUUUUUAAAAUGAUUCCCAAAUGGGA